UCAAUAACGCGCUCUCGACAGUACACGCCAGUUACAGGACAUCGAAACAUCAGGCAUGGCUGAUGAAAGCAGCGACGAAUAUACGCCUCUUGACUUGAGCAUGAAGGACAAAGCAAGACCAAGUACAAGCCGCGACGAAUAUACGCCUCUUGACUUGAGCAUGAAAGACAAAGACAGACCAAGUACAAGCCGCGACGGUACCCAGGGCGCUUCAUCUACUCUGGGCGCCUACAGAAUGAUUGCUGACCACACCUUGCGCUACCGCUACCAGCGGAACACGCAGCAUAGGCCGACGAUCGACGAGGCUUGCAACGUUCACGGUGCCCCUCACAAUGGCAGCAGAAGUUGCCAGCCUCUGUGGUCCAUCAGGAGCAUCGAUAACGUAAGGCCCAGCACAAGCCGCCCUGGCAUGGAGGAAGCAUCAGGCAAUUUUGAAGAUGGUGCCACGAAUUCUACUGGAACCGGAGAAAGGGAACAGCAAGGAUCCAGCGGUGUCAGUGGAAAGGUUCCCAGCAGACGGGACACCCUACAGGGGCAAACCAAUGAACACACGGGCGCUCUAUCGUCUGUUAAGAAGUCGAGCCGCCAAUGUGAAACAUGUGGUAAAUGGUUAAGCAGGGCUUAUAGCCUAAUUGUGCAUUACCGCACGCAUACAGGCGAGAGACCUUACAAAUGCGAAAUAUGUGGUAAAUCGUUCGCGAACAAGUCGCAUUUCCGUAAUCAUCAACAGAUUCACACAGGCGUGAAACCCCAUACCUGCCAAAUAUGUACUAAAGCAUUCAAAACCAAAAGCGAACUUAAAGUUCACCUCAUAUCACACAGUAACGACAGACCUCUGGUUUGCGACAUAUGUAAUCUCUCCUUUAAGCGCAACUCAGAUCUCCUAAGACACCGCAAAAUAACUCACGAGGGCAAAUUCCCGUACGAGUGCAAGAAGUGUGGAUUUCGGUCCACAAAGAAAGGAAGCCUCGACGCACAUGUCUGCAAGAAUAUUAGGUGCGAAUUGGUGUGGAGUCGUUUACAGAUGCACCUCAACUGAUUGCACAUCUCGUGGCACAUACGUGUGGGCGGGGGGUCAGCCGUAACAGGGUGACCAGUGCGCGAGUGAAGUAAGUCACCCACGGGUAUUGCUUAUUACCGUGACCAUGCAGCUUUGCAGGACAAUAACGCUGACAUUCUCCCACAGGAGCGAGAAACUAACCCAACGCAUCGUGUGGAAAGGCGGGCUUCUUUUUACUUUUAAAACUGCUGAUUGAAAUGCAACACAUAAAGGAUGCCGCUUGAUUUUUCGAAAUUACGUGAGAAAACGACGUCUCCAGCACAAUUUGGGAUGCUUCAAUGUCUAAGUAUACUGCAGGUCCUGGCUAGAGCUGACUCUUCGCAAAACUAUGUUGCUCGCCGACGUAGCUUUAGGAAACUCAUUUGUAGACAAACCCUAAUGGCCUGCAGCUUUGUGUAACUAGAUGGUGCAGUGCUCGCACAAGAUCCUUGACACCUCCUUUAGUUUUGUGCAAGUGUUUUGACAGUGUACUAGUAAAGAAGCUUUAGCUAACCAGGCUUUUAAUGAUUCUGCAGUGUGAAUAGAAAGGAUUCCCUCACAUGAGGGACACUUUAAAAACGAGGCGCUGUGUUCUUGUCAACUAAACACAAAUCGAUGCUAAUAUUUGAGGCCCUUAGGCCUUGUUGCUUUUCAGAAGCAGCUUUUACAGUAUAUAGACAACGGGAUAGGAAAAUUUCUUUCGCUUACAAAUUGUUCAAUACACGUAAUGUUUUGGUUCUCUUUUUGGUUCAUGCAUUCAUACCGAAGAUUUUAGGUCUUUAUCAUGCUGAUGACAACAGUGAGACUAUAUUAGACUCAAAUCAUGUGGAGCUCAACUACAUAUGUUCUUCCGCUCCUAAUAUUUUAAUUAUUGUUGUAUUGAGGUGGAACCUCUGUCAGUUUUAAAGUGCAGUUUCUUAUUAAGCUGGAAGUCGUCCCUUUUGACUUGCGCUCCCCUCUGGUUACAGCUGUGGAAUUUUUUAGCCUGAUGUGACAAACGUAUCCCUGCGAGCAAUGACGGCACGAUUGAGAUAGUUUGUUAUAUUACUGACCUGGGUACUUCUAUAUCUUUUUCGACUGAACGCGUUUCACCGAAUAACAAAUGUUACGUUACAGCUCGGGGCAUGAGGCACCAGCAUGUAUCAGAACAUUCUGCUAUAGUCGAGCGUGUUGUAGUCAUAUUGCACGCGCAGCGCGAAUACAGUUGUGCAUUCUGGAUGGCACGCGAGCGCGAAUGAUACCGUUGGAAUCUUCUACGAAAGAAGUGAGAAUAGCCGAUACUCGUUAACCGCAUAUCGUUUCUUCAACGAUCGACUCAUGUACCCGGCACUAUCUUUCUGCCCGAAUAUAACUUGUUUGUUGGUUCCGGUUCGCUCA